AUGACACCCCCUUCAGGACUGUGCCAAUCAGAAAAGGAAGCCUACCAGCUGAUUGUGAACUUCAUGGAACCAGGCCAGUUGUCCGUGACAGACAAGCUGAGUUUCCUGAAUGCGGUGUUAAUUUUGAGCAGUGUUGUACGUGACCAGGCAAAUGGCAACAUGAAUAACUAUUAUUCUAAAACCCUUCUAGCAAAGAAAAUUGAGACACUCAUCCUGGAAGAACCCAUCGAGACCUUGGACAGUUGUGUGCGUCAGCAAGCCAUGCUCUGCAUCGUGGCCCUGAGCCAGGUGAAGCCACCUUUCCACUUAUGCCAGAAGCUGGACCUAGUUAAUGUUAGCAUCACCAGCCUAUUCGCCCUGCCUCUCAUCAUGCCCAGUCUAGACCGAAAGGAGAGUGCUAGUCUCUACCUCCAGACAACCCAGGCCUUGGAUGACAUGCUACAAGCUCUUGUGAUGGAAGAUAGGAGCCCCGACAUGCUUAUUCUGCAAAACUUCGUGGAGAUCAUCUUACCUUGGUUAAUGCUGUCAGACCAAGUGCACCAACAGAUACGAGCCUUGGGCAUUAUUUCCCGAUUGCUGAGGUUUGUUUGCAAUUUCUCGGAACUGUUGCACAUGGUAUCAUUCUCUAUAAUGGGGAGGUUGAUUGGAACCUUCAGUGUCUUCUGCCUGAAUCCCAGCCAGGAGAUCAGUUCAGGAGCACUGGAGGCACUGUAUUAUUUGUUCACCAUCCUUGUGCUUCAGAGAAGUAUCAGACCGAAUACAGAGACCAUCCUGAAGGACUUGCAGAAGCAUUUCCGUGGACAUUGGAUGGCCAACAUGCAGAAUCUCACACUGUUCUUCAGGAAGUACCUGACCCCUGAAGAGAGAGCCGAUGUGAUCAUAGUGGCCAUGGAGGCCAUGACCGGUGGUGACUUAAAUAAUGCCUUGGCAGCCACCAAGAUGUUAAAGGUGAUUCUGAAGUGCCCUGUUACGGAAGUUGCCAAGGUGUCAGAAAUCCUCCAGUUAAUUUACUACCACGUAGACAGAGUCACUGACAAAAAUGUCCUGAGUACCCUAAAGAAGACCUUCCAAUUGCUGGUCCAGUCUCAACCGGAAGAAGUGAUCUUGACACUGUUCAAGAUACAGGACCAGUCACAAAGAGGGGCGCACAAGUCCUGGGAAAUCUUGGCUUCCUUUCCGAAAGGCUACCAAGUGCUCAUGGAGUAUCUGCUACAGAGGCUGAUUUCACCCCAGACACCCAAGGACCAGGAGGCCGGCUACGCAACAAAGUUCUCAACACUGAUUGUCACCAGGGCCAUCUAUGAGCUGCUGCUGAUAUCCAGCCAGCGGUCAGAGGUGCAAACCUUCUUUGCCUCUGUGUUUGUGGCACUACUUUUCCAAAUCUCUUUCCUGGUGACUAGCGGGAGCACUGUGACCCAGGACGAGCUGCGUGAAAUAGAAUAUGUGGACCCUGUGAGUUCUUCUGUAGAGGCCUUGAAGACCUUACUGCGAAGCUCGGGGUACAUGGACCACAUGUCUCACAUUCAGACACUUGGGACCUGGGAACUGCUUGUCAACCUUGAAACGCACUAUGAUGGAGUUGCUCUGCUGGCCAAGUCCCUGGUUGUCAAGAAGUGUUGGCACAAUCGUCCUAUCUUCAGCUUCCUCAUCAAGACCUUGGAGGACCCAAACUGUGUCCAUUACUUCACAGCCCUGGUGUUCCUGACAGAGCUGCUCCACUGUCCAGAUGUGGCAGGUGCUGUGGAUGAAGUCUCCACCAAGAUUCUGGUAGAAUGGUUCAGGCAUAAGGAGUCAACCACUGAGCAUUUAUUCCUGCAGAUCACAGAAAUCUUCACAAAGCACAAAAACACGAUGAGGCACUUCCACAUCCUGCAGCCGUACUUGCUGAGCUGCUGCUACUCCUGCAGCUGCGAGCUGGUGAUGAAGACCUUCCUUAUGCUACAGCGCAUCGUCAAGGACCUUAGCUGGCAUCAUGCCUCUUCCUUCCUCACUGAGCUGGCCUUUACUCUGGCACACUUCUUUGAGGAGGAGUCAGAGCAGCUGCGCCUGAUAGCCUUCGAGAUCUACGGGACCAUCCUAGCUAAAGUCUCAAGGAUGACCCUUGUCUUUCCCUUGAGGCACCAGAUCCUCAGCUUGCUGAUCCUCCUUGUGGCACACCUGAAGGAUGUAAACACCGACGUGGUGGAGGUCUGUAGGGUCUGCCUCUGCAAUGUAGCUACCAUCCUGGGCUGGUCCAAAUUCAAAGUGGCCUUCGCCAAGAAUGACGCAUUCACCAUCCUCAGUGCCCUGUUGCAGCAGGAAAGGCACAAGGUGCUCUGGUUUUUGAAGCAGAGUGUGGCUCUCUUCAAGAGUCGGCAGGACCCCAUCCGCCAGCUGGCUGUGUGGUUUACAGGGCAGAUCAUCCGGGACCUUGACUGGGCUGAGAUAGAGGAAAUGGAGGAGGAAUAUCUGGCCUUCAAGUACAUGAAGAAAGACCCUGACCCCAUAAUUAGAUGCCUCACUGAACAGACUUUCUACAUCCUAGAAGCUAAGGGUACCAAGAUGCCAGCUAAGACCCCUUUGUUCUGCCUCUGCAUGAGAGGGAUCCAAAGGAGAGUCUACUGAGCCUGCAUGCUAGGGUCCAAG